AUGGUAGCCUGGUUUGAAAAAACCAAAGACAUUAUUUUAAGUCACAAGAAGGAAAAAGAUGAAGCCAUGACGAAUCUGAUAGAAGAUUUCUUUGAUGUCUUGAUGACUGUUCAUGAUUUCAAUAAAGAAGGUAAAAUGGAAGUGCUGGAAAACUUUAUUUUGAGGAUCUGUGCCCUCGUAAUCGACAUGAGAAUACAUAUGUGUAUUCAGCAGGAGGCCAUAAAAAAGUUGAAUGUUAUGCUUGACGGCAUGCCUCGAGACGCCAAGAAAAUAAUUUCCAAACGAGAAAUGUUGUCUCUCAUGAUUGAUAUGGGGAAACGGAUAUUAGAUGCUGGAGAUUAUGACUUUCAAGUAGCUAUCACAGAAGCUUUAUGUAGAAUGACCUCUGAAAAACAAAGACGAGAACUGGCUUCUCAUUGGUUUCCAAUGGAAUUUAUUGCUACUGCAUUUAAAAAGAUUAAAGAUUCUGAUUUUGAAACAGACUGCAGAAAAUUUCUCAACCAUGUGAAUGGCAUGCUUGGAGAUAAGAGAUUGGUUUUUACAUUUCCUUGUUUAUCAGUAUUCCUUGAUAGAUAUGAGCUACAGAUACCUUCAGAUGAAAAACUUGAUGACUUUUGGAUUGACUUUAAUCUUGGUAGCCAAAGUAUAUCCUUCUAUAUUUCAGGAGAUGAUGAAGAUCAUCAGUGGGAAACUGUCAGUGUGUCUAAUGAUGAAGUAGAAACAUACAAUGUAGAAGUGAAAGAUGCUAAGAAGAUCCUAACUCUUUUUCUGAAAACUACAAUGAAUGUUGGUAACAAAGAAGGAGAUCGACUGGUCUUCUAUUUUGAUCAUUUACUAGACAUCAUUGAUGUGACUAAACAAAUUUAUGGUACAAAUAAGUAUAGGGAGUUUACCAAGAAACAAGCAAUUUCAGUUGCUAAAACAGCAGUGCAUAUCAUUUUUGAUGAAAGUGGAUCACAGAUUCUAGUGCCAGAAAGUCAAAGUUCACCUGCCAAAACAGAAAAUUCUUUGAAUGUGGAUGAAAAAUCUAAACAACAAUUUUCUGAAAAUCAAAAAGAUAUGAUUCAUAAUGCUAAUCAAAAGGACAGUAGCAAUACUCAUUUUCAGAUGAUAACUCCUGGUAAAAAAAAAAUGUCUGAAGCAUCAAUGGUUAUUCCUGGUACAGAUAAACUGACUUUGAAGACCUUAUUAGCUGACACAUGUUCAGUUGAAGGAAGGAAUUCACACAGCUACCAAAGUGAUUUUCCUAAAUCUCAGCCAGUCACUGCCGUUGAGGCCGUCGAAAUGACAGAAAGUGAUGAGAAUAGCAAUAUGUUAGGAAAACAAAAUUCUAAUGGAGAUGUGGAUAUCAUUCCUGAUUCACAACCGGUUGGGAAAAUCGAUAAAACAUUAUUUCCAACUGUUUUGGAUAAUAGUUAUGAAAGUAACGUCCUCUUAAAAUGUACUUGCUGGACACCUGUAAAAAAUAUUAAAAUUUCUAGUAAAGAGAGUGCAGAUACAUCACCAGAAGAAACAUUUAAUCAAGACUUUUUUAGUGAAAGAGUCACUGACAAGUCCUCUCCUUCAUCAAUAUCUGAAAAUAUUGCACUAGAAAAAAAUACGGUAUCAGAAAAUCAGAAAAGAUUUUCUAAAUCAGAAAAUCUAAAUCAGAUUUUAGAUUUAAAUCGGAAAAGAAAAGGAGAUGUAGAAUAUAGCAAAAAGAAGAAAACAGAAGUGGAAACUUGUGAAACAAACAGAAGACAACCACUAAAUUCUAUCAGUUUAGAUCAGAAAAAUAUUGACGAAAACAAGGAAAAUGACUGGCAUAUUGAAUCUGAAACCUUUAAAUCAGUUCUUUUAAAUAGGACUAUUGAAAAGUCUUUAAUAUACACCAAGAAAUUGGUUCUGGCAAAAGAACUAAAUAAUGAUUGUUGUGAUAAAACCAUUUCUUCUGGAAUGAAUGCCAAAAGCAAUAGAAGACCUAUGAAAGGAAUGACAUCUGAAAGUAGAUCUUGUGACCUAGAAACAAAUAGAAAGAAAGAAAAGACAAAAGGAAAACAUUUUACUGAUGCAGCAGAAUCAUUGAUCAACCAAAUUAAUAAGAGAUACAACCAAAAGGAUGAUUUAAAUUUUUCAAGAAAAUUUAGAGAAUCUUUGAAUGAAAGGAAGAAUUCAAAUAAACCUGGUCUACUUAUCAGAAAGGAAAAAGUCCUGAAUAAAAACUCUAGACAAUUGAAGAGGACUACUUCUGUUAAAAUGACUUCUGAAUGUGCUUUGAACGAUGUUUAUAAUUUUCAGUUGAAUGGAGCUGAUGAUCCUACUAUAAAACUUGGUACAGAGGAAUUUCAGACUACUAUCAAAGAAAGUUCUAUAGCUAACUCAAAAAAGUCGUUAGGUUUAAGGAGUCAUGAUGGAAAUGAAGCUUCUCUGAAAGAGAAAGAUAAAAAAACUAGAACAAAUCACAGGAAGCAUCUCUUUAGUGACACAGACACAGACUAUAGAGGUGAUGACAGCAAGACUGACAUUAGUUGGCUAAAAGAAUCAAAUAAAAAACCCAAACCUCAACUGGUAGAUUAUAGCAGAAAUAAAAAAGUGAAGAAACCUCAAAAUAUGCGAUCAAGUCUAUCAGGAGAAGUGAAACUACCAAAAUCUAAGAAGGCACAAAAUACAGAUCUCAAGGUAAAUCAAAGAAUCACAGAAACAACAAGACCCCAACGUCCUCGAAGAGCAGGACUAGUUAAAAAAAACUAUAAAGAUUUCUCAAAUUCAGAAUCAGAAAGUGAAGAAGACUCUUUACCAGGUGUCCUCAGUAAAGAGAAAUUACAAGUUCAGGUUACAAAUAUACGUAACAAAAGUAAAACCACAAAACAAUUGAAAAAAGGCCAACAUGCUAUUUAUGCUGAAGCACAGGAGGAAAUAUCAAAGGAAGAGAAAAAAUCAUCUAAAGUAAAAGAUUGUAUAAGAGAAAAAAGACUUGACUCAUCACCGAUUCCCUUAUCUGGAAGCCCUGCAUCUAUAGAAAUAAUGAGAUGUUCACAGAAAACAAUUGAAAGAGAAUUUCCUCAAGAUUUUAUUACUUCACAAAAGUUUGCAUCCCCUUUUUCACAAAAUUCAACACCCGAAAGAACAGAAUCUGUAAAUAGUAGUGUUCAUGGCAUUACAGGCAAUAGUUUCUAUACUGCAAACGUGAGAAUUGAAAGCAAAUAUUUGAUGGAAUCACCUGAAAAUAUUGAUGAAAACUUGAUGUUUACAAAUAAACAUUUCUCAAGUCCUUUGUUUUUGCCAAAAAUUAAUUCAAUAAUAAUGGACAAAAUUGAUGAUAGUGGAAAAGAUGUAGAGAUACCUUACCAGAAUAUUCAAGAUUAUGACAACUCUAUGGAUUUAAGUAGUUAUGAUUCAGAAAAGCAAUUUAGUGGAUCAGAACUGAAAAAUAUUCAUGAAAAUUUUAUUCUAUGUUCACAAAAGGAAUCCCUUUCACCACAGUUUUCGCUGUCUAGUUCAAAGAGAGAAAAACUCUAUGACAUAUCUAUUGAUAUUCAUCAAAAAGGAUCUAAUAUACAUACAAAUCUCAAACGGUUAUGUACCUCUGAUAAUCUGAGUAAUUCUGAUGAAAUGGAACUAGAAGAGGAAGAAGAAAGAAGACUAAAUUUGCUUCCUCCAAAAUUGAUUAAAACAGAUAGUGACCAUGUUACUUACAAGGUAUCUGGGAGCAUAUCUACAUUAUCAGCCAAUGAGUUUUCUUUUCCUGGAGAGACUUGGGAGACUCAAAGUUCAGGUGUAGACGUAAUGUGCCAGAAACUAAACAAGGAGUUUAAAAAAAAAAUUCAGAACCAAUGCCAAAAAAUGGAUUAUUUUAAUAAGCUGUCUUUGAAAUCAGCUGAGCAGCAUCUGACAAGCAUCAAUGAUCACAUUCAUGAAUACAGAAUGAAGCAGCUUAAUAAGUUCCAAUUCAAUAUGAUGGAGGAGCUAGAGAACUUUGAAAAAGAUUCCCAAUCUUUAAAAAACUUGGAGCGAGAAUUUUCGGAGUUUUGGAAAAAAACUUGUCAGAAGUUAGGUGCCUAUAAGAAAAAUGAACAAAAAAGAGUUCACCUUCUGAAAACUUCAUUUGAAAAAAAUGUCUUUCACAACAUUGACUAUGAAGAAAAUAUUUUUACUUCUGAGAUGUAUUUGAUGAAAGAAGAAAUGAAAAGACUUCAAGAAAGACUUCUUAAGGAAAUGCAAGAAGAGGAGCUUCUUAAUGUUCGAAGAGGAUUAAUGACACUUUUUACAUCUAAUGAAAGAAAAUUUUAAUGCACAAAAUCUAGUAUUUAGCAAUAUAUCUAAAUAUCUUUUCUUUCUCUAUACAUCUUUACAAACAAUUAUACAAAUAAAAAAAAAAACAAACUCCAAUACUCCAGCAUGUACGGAUGGUAUACUAUUAAGUUAUGAACAUUAUCCAUUCCUUUUUAUGCUAAUAUAUUUCUCCUUAAUGAAUUAAUAAGACACUUAGACCAGCAUGGCACUUAUCCCAACCUAUUUUUCUGUCUUAUCCUUUUGUUUUAUUUACUGUGUUCCCACUAUUACUUGUAGGAGAAAAAUAUUGGGGCAGGUAAACUUUAUAAGAAGAUAGCUAAUUAUUUUAUUAGCUCUUUGCAUCACUGUAUUAAGAAUCAAAAUGAUGUCAAAACUUUUUUUAGGAAAUUGUAAUUUAUUGUAUAUAAAAACACUUUAAAAUUUGUAAGUAAAGUCAAACUUGAGGCUUUGAAAAUAUUAAAUCCAUAUUUUAAUCAUUAAGAAUAUAGCAAAGAAAUUGGUUCAUACUUUCAAUGAAGAAAAAUACUUUCCAAAUUAAAAUCAGGAAGUACUAUUUACUUAAACCAAAGCAGUAAUUAUUAUUUUAGCAACUCAGGUUCCUUCCCUAAGGAAAGAAUAUCUAGAAUAAAUUCCCAUUUCAACAAUUUUUCAAAGCUAUAUUUUCUUAGAAUACAUAGCAUGGGUCUGUCACUUUGUAAAGUAAUUUGUAAAAAUGAAUAUACACUGUUUACUUCAGUUUUGUAAUAUAAUUUAUUAAAAUUUAUUUUGAAUUU